AACUAGUUUUUUUCCCGUCAUAGACAUUUUUAAAGACUAGUCUUUAGUUUUUUAAGCCUUUAUGGAAUGUCUGAUAGGCUUAAGAAGGAGGAAAUCUACCCACUGCUACCAUAUUCUGUGUUGUUACUGGUGCAACCACAGAGCAUAAAUUCUCCUCUGAGCUCCCACCUACCAGUAGAUGGGACUGACCCUUCUGUUAGAAUUCACUUAAGUGUUUAUCUAUUAAAGAAAUUUAAAUUUAAAAUUAUGCUAAGAAAAUUAUAGAGCAUUCUUAAUCUUUAUCUCCCUUUUAAGUACGUAUUGAGAUGGCUUCAAAAUUGGGGAAAGAGAUGGAGGCAGAUACACAAGUAUCCAAAUCUUAUAUAUCUCGGAUCUCUAAAUGGAAAACUAAAAUAAUCUGGGAAAUGAAGUACAGGGUUAUCUUACGUAAGAAUGUCUGUAAUCAUUAAUGCUAAAUAAUUAACUCAUCUUAUACUACCUUAUUUAAUAGCAUAUGAACUUACCUACUCAUAGCAUUGAGAAUAACUGCCCAGUAGAGUGCCUACAUGGUUCUGAAAACAGCCAAAAUAGGCAAGUUGAAGAUGCUAGUUAAGGUGAACAUGUCCCUUUAGCCAGUACUAUUAUCCAGUUCUGGGAUGAACUGAAUGACCUUACCUCUCUCUCCUGUUUUAAGUUUUGUCCCCAGCAUCCUGUCUCUGUAUGUCUCCCUCCUAAGACCCCUUGCUACCACUCCCACCUUUGGCUGGACUGAUAGCUGCAGUUAAGUCUUCCUCUGCUGCACUUGUCCCAUCUUCCUGGAUUCCAAAGUGCUGAUAUCCAAGCUAGUAACCCCUAUUAAGAAGGGAGGACUUUAGAGCUAUUCUCAAACCAUAAGCAUGCCUUCAAGUGGUACCUUCUAGAACCACCUUCAAAGGCCAAUGAUGAACAUUUCAAGCUAAUCACAAGCUGAAAAAGUCCCAAAAGGAGAAAUCUGGGAAAUAGGAUCUUCAUAGCAAUUCUCUAAACUUCUACUUGAUCACACUUUUAGAGCUGGACUUGACUGGAGGGAAGUCUAGGAAAAGAGAUCACAAUGCCCUCUUCAGCUGGCCCUCAGAGUAUAUAAUGUCCUUUAGUAGCAGAAAGAGCUAGGCUAAAUUAUUCUAGGAAUUUCUUCAAGGACAUAAGCAUGGCCCAUAUCCUCUUUACUCAACAAGUUGUAUAGUUGCUCUUCACAUUCUGCUUUCCAAGGUUAAUAAAUCUAAUGCAUUUUAGUAUUUUUUCUCCAAACUAUAAUUCUCUAGAACUUAUUAUAGACCCUAGCAAUAAACUUGGAGCCCUAAGCUUAACAAACUACACUGAGAGGGCGAGUGGCCUAUGUGUAGACUGAAAUUUAGUUUCCAGUUCUCUGAGGAUCAAACUUUGCUGAGAAAUGGUGCUAUGUGGUCAAAUAUGGGAUUAUUCCCUUAUGAAACCCAGAUUCCUCUCUGUUCUUGAUCUAGGAGAAUCAUUUAUUCAGCAAGUGUUACAUGUCUGCUAAUCCCAGCUUCUGUAAUGUGUUCUUUGAUAAAAUACAAAUCUUUUUUUAAAUUUAUUUUUUAAUUUUUUUUAUUUAUGAUAGUCACACACACAGAGAGAGAGGCAGAGACACAAGCAGAGGGAGAAGCAGGCUCCAUGCACCGGGAGCCCGACAUGGGAUUCGAUCCCGGGUCUCCAGGAUCGUGCCCUGGGCCAAAGGCAGGCGCCAAACCGCUGCGCCACCCAGGGAUCCCAUAAAAUACAAAUCUUAUGACUGUGAAAUUUUCAAUGUAGCCAAGAAGCAAGACAGAUGAGUAAUUCAGUAAUAGGUGCUGGGAUAGAUGCGUACCCAGAAUCAUAUGGAGGCAUCCAGCCAGGGAAGGGGACCAAAUCAUCAUAGGCUUUCCUGAAAAAAACUAUGCCUGAGUCGAGGGCUGAAGGAUUAAAAGUAGUUAGUUAGCAGGUAUGGGGAUCAGAGGGCUUUCCUGGUAGAGGAAGCAGUAUAUGUGAGAGUCUAGGGGAAGGAAGAGCAUGACACUCCAGGACCUGCCUGUAGUUCUGAAUGGAUGGGAUAUUGAGUUGUGGAAGAGAGGGGGCAAGAGUGGAGUCUUGAGAAGCAGUAGGAGGUCAAAGCAUUGCAAGCCUUUAUGUGCCCUGGGUUUUAACCAAAGGGCAUUGUAAGCUUUUCAGGGGUUUUAAAUGAGAGUCACAUGAGCAGCUUACAAUUUAGGAAAUUGCCAUGGUCAGUGUCAAUAAUGGCUUAAAGAGGAACAAAACUAGACGUAGGUCUCAGAGACCACUUAAAAAUUUGGUUCUAGAGAUCCAGGAGCACGGUUACCGGGCGGGCUGGGUCUAUGGUCGCUCUGCGGGCUGCUCUGCCGGCUGGUGCUUUUUUUAUCAGGGCAAGCUGUGUUCCAUAGCAGGGAACUUUUGGCAGAGCUCCCAUUAUUUGCAGUGGAUUUUGGAUAAACAAGAUCUGUUGAAGGAACGCCUGAAGGAUUUAAAGUUUCUCUCAGAAGAAGAGUAUUGGAAAUUACAAAUAUUUUUUACAAAUGUUAUUCAAGCAUUAGGUGAACAUCUUAAAAUUAAGACAACAAGUUCUUGAACAGUCUAUUUCAAGAGAUUCUAUGCCAGGUAUUCUCUGAAAAGUAUAAAUCUUGUAUUUUAAAAAAAAUCUUGUGUUAAUGGCUCCUACUGUGUGUUUUUGGCAUCCAAAGUAGAGGAAUUUGGAGUAGUCUCAAAUACAAGAUUGAUUUCUGCUGCUACUUCUGUAUUAAAAACCAGAUUUUCAUAUGCCUUUCCAAAGGAAUUUCCUUAUAGGAUGAACCAUAUAUUAGAAUGUGAAUUCUAUCUUUUAGAACUAACGGAUUGUUGCUUGAUAGUGUAUCAUCCUUACAGACCUUUGCUCCAGUAUGUGCAGGACGUGGGCCAAGAAGACAUGUUGCUUCCCCUUGCAUGGAGGAUAGUGAAUGAUACCUACAGAACGGAUCUUUGCCUACUCUAUCCUCCUUUCAUGAUAGCUUUAGCUUGUCUACAUGUAGCUUGUGUUGUUCAGCAGAAAGAUGCCAGACAGUGGUUUGCUGAGCUUUCUGUGGAUAUGGAGAAGAUUUUAGAAAUAAUCAGGGUUAUUUUAAAACUGUAUGAGCAGUGGAAGAAUUUUGAUGAGCGAAAAGAGAUGGCAACUAUUCUUAGUAAGAUGCCAAAGCCAAAACCUCCUCCAAACAGUGGAGAGCAGGGUCCAAAUGGAAGUCAGAACUCUAGCUACAGCCAACCUUAAAACAUUCUGAAGAAUUCCAUAGUGGACCAGUUGGAAAUAAACCAUUGGACAGAUUUCAGUUAUGUCUUCAAUGGAACACAAAUGAAAAUGAAUAGCUUGCUUCUGUCAAACAUAUUGGGAAGUGAUUUUAUUUUUGCAAAAUAAGUUUUUCUUUACCUAAUUUGAUUCUAGUACAUAAUUCAUUAAAAUUGAUUAUAAUUGAUUAUAAAAGCUUGGAAAGGUUCUAAGGGGACCUACAGACAGUCUUACAUAGAUAUUUCAAAAUUAAUAGCUUUUGAUUAGUAUACUUUUUCUUAAUUUGGAUAAUAGAAAUUAUAGCUUUUUAUUAAGCCAAGAAACAUAAAGCAUAAUUUGUUUAAAAUUCUCUUUGGUCAUUGAAGGACCAAAAAAGGACAUAAAAAGUCAAAUAUAUGACGGUUUUUUUUCCCUCCUUAAGUUAAACUUUAAAACUGUAUUUUAGGAAUCAAAUCUUAACAAAAUCCUGGAAGAUUUUGGUAAUGAUGUUGAUAAUUUCAGUAGGCACUUGAUAAUCAAGUACCUAUUUACUUAAAAGUACUUUUUAUUCAAUAGUUUUAGUAUCUUGCCAUGGAAGAUACUAGCCCAGCCUAGCAGAAAAGUGCAAUAUGUAUAGCAUACUUUGACAUUUUAAAAGUUAUUAUUAAUUCCAUAACCAUUUUGAAGUGUUGGGCAAACUUAAAAAAAAAAUCCUACAUGAUGUUCUUUGCAUUUGAUUCACAAUUAAUCAGGCAUUUUGAAAGCUAAUUGGAUAAAACAUCAUAAUAUGGUUGAAAUUUGGUAACAUUUUAAUGUUAAUUUUUACUCUGCUGUGAAAAGUUUUCUUUUUUUAAGUUUUUUAUAUUACAUCACACCCUAGUUUAUUUUUGUGUCUUAGUGUGGAUUUACAAAUUUACUACAGGUAAAUUGAGCCAGGAACACAAUCAGGUUUCAGGCCAGUUUGAUACUGGCUGUUCUUAAUUCUCAUGAGUGUAGGACUUUGUUUUUGGUUGUUUUUUUUUUAAUUUUUAUUUAUUUAUGAUAGAGAGAGAGAGAGAGGCAGAGACAUAGGCAGAGGGAGAAGCAGGCUCCAUGCACCGGGAGCCCAACGUGGGAUUGGAUCCCGGGUCUCCAGGAUCGUGCCCUGGGCCAAAGGCAGGCGCCAAACCGCUGUGCCACCCAGGGAUCCCGAGUGUAGGACUUUGAACUAAAUGUUAUGUCAGUGGGACUGUGCUAUCUGUGGAACUUAAAAUAAUAAUUUUCUUCAGAUUUGAAGGAGAGUAAUAAAAUUUGGAGUCAUAGGAUAUUGAUGUACAAUUUAAGGAUUAAAUUUUUUAUAAAUCAA